GUAAAAUAAAGGAUAAAUAAAAAAAAUAAAAAAUAAAAAUAAUAUCUCUGCCUUGCUCUCUUCUAGAGAGUAGGAGUGUGAUCAGUCUGAGAAACAUGGGUUGCACUCUGACCGUAGCAGAGAGGAACAUUCAUUCCCUCUGAGAGAAAUAAAAUCAUAACGAAACCAACAUAAUCUCUGACAGACAAUUCCCCCCACCCACCCACAAUCUGUAUUGUCGCAAUCAACUUUGCUUUAUUACAUUUGCUUACUGUUACUAGCUUAAGAUGAAUCCACAAACUGUUAGUCAUGGGAUAAGAGUGACUGUUGUGAGAGGAAUAUUUUAAUAAAAUGUUGACAGCGGACGAUUUCCUCUACUAAAGCAAAAUGGGUAUUGAGUUUAGCCAAUUUCUAAUCCAGAAAGAGAGCUUAAAGUUGCUUCCUUUUCUGUGGUUACGAUCUGCAUCAGUUGGUAUGUUGAGCCCUGGUCUAGUGGAUGGUGUGUCUCUGAGACAUGUGUGAGACGCUCCCUUCUACUUCCCUAUGUUGGGACAUCAUUGCUUUUCAGCCUCCGACCCAAAGCCUUUCCGCCUCCACCCUAAAGCCUUUCAGCCUCCACCCUAAAGCCUUUCAGCCUCCGACCCAAAGCCUUUCCGCCUCCACCCUAAAGCCUUUCAGCCUCCACCCUAAAGCCUUUCAGCCUCCACCCUAAAGCCUUUCAGCCUCCACCCUAAAGCCUUUCAGCCUCCGACCCAAAGCCUUUCAGCCUCCGACCCAAAGCCUUUCAGCCUCCGACCCAAAGCCUUUCAGCCUCCGACCCAAAGCCUUUCAGCCUCCACCCUAAAGCCUUUCAGCCUCCACCCUAAAGCCUUUCAGCCUCCGACCCAAAGCCUUUCAGCCUCCACCCUAAAGCCUUUCAGCCUCCGACCCAAAGCCUUUCAGCCUCCAACCCAAAGCCUUUCAGCCUCCACCCUAAAGCCUUUCAGCCUCCAACCCAAAGCCUUUCAGCCUCCACCCUAAAGCCUUUCAGCCUCCAACCUAAAGCCUUUCCCUAAACCCCAUUAUCAGCAUUUCAAUGCCUGACACGUGAACCAACCGCCAUGCUGGCGCAUGAAACCAUGCAUGUGCAUUCAGAAUAUUAUUUCCGCUGCCUUCUCAGCAAUCCUAUACACACAUACAUAGAUACAGACACGCAACAGAUUCACAAUCUAGACACGCCCAUCUUCCGUUUAUCUAAAUGUACAGCUUUCUGACACACCAACUGAACUGACAUGAAAGCAGUGAUCCCUUUCUGACGAUGUGGGCCAACAGACUGAGCAAACGUCUGUGCUUGUGGUGCCGGUAACACAUUUACACCAACUCAUUUACACCAACAAAAACCCUUUAAUAGAGAGGAUGUAACUCCCUCCCCUCACACAACCACACCCCACCUCCCUUCCCAAAAAUGUGUGUUGUGUGAGAGAGAGUGAACGGCAUCGAGCACGGGGUAGUUUGAGCUUCAGUAGAGGACUGACAAGUUUCAAGUGAACAGCGUGGAAAAGAUUGAUGAGGACUUGACGACGAACAGCAGGACAAUGUGAGGAUGUGCGGUUUUGGGGAAUACUGGAAUCUCUAGAACAAAUCAUAUUGGAAAAGUCCAACGGUCAUCCAGAGAAAAAAAAAGAGAGAGAGACGAGAUACUAUAAAAGAUAACGGUUGCUCUUCACCAACUAAUUUCUCCGGUCACUCAGCUGCCAAGCACUGUGAGGGACAUAAAUGGACCUGCCAAUCCGCACCGUGGUUCUGCUCCUUGCCAUCAGCAGAGUUCUUGGAGAUUGCCCAGAUGGAUGUAAGUGCAGAGAAAACAAAAUCCUCUGCCAAGGCAGGUCAAUCACAGAGUUCCCUCCGUCAGUGCCUGGCUCCACCACCACCUUCUACAUCACCAACACCAACAUCACAGCGCUCAAACCAGAUGACCUGACUGGUUUUGCGGAGGCACUGGGUGUCUUUCUGGUCAAAGACACUGGGAUCAGACAGGUGUUCCCUGGCACCUUUGACUUGACCCAUAACCUAGGAGCCCUGGGCUUCACAGGCACUGAGCUGAAUGACCUGCCUGAAGCCCUGUUUCAAAAUCUGCUGAAGCUGGAAUCUCUGACUCUUAGCGGCAACAAGCUCCUGGUCCUUCGUCCUGUCUGGUUCUCUUCCCUGGGUGCACUAAGGAAGCUGGACCUGAGCAAGAACCUCAUCAUGUCUGUGCCCGAGGAGUCCUUUCGCUCCGUCGCUGAGAUGGAGCAUCUCACCCUGGCCAGGAACAACAUCAGCCGCCUCUCCAGGGACUCCUUCAGGGGUCUCAGCAAGCUCAAGUCCCUGCGACUGAACCGGAACUCUCUCAGGCAAAUCCCUGAAGGAAUGUUGGAGGACCUGGUGAGCCUGCAGGAGCUCUCUCUGCAAGAUAACCUCAUCACUUACCUCCCCGCGAACCUGUUCUCCCAGACGCAGGGCCUACAGAAGCUCUUUCUCUCGAGCAACCGGUUGACAUCCCUCCCACAGGGAAUUUUUCUCGAACUCCCUAACCUGGCUCAGAUCUCCCUGUAUGAGAACAGGCUCCAGAGUCUUUCCCCAGGGGUAUUUGGGCCUAUGCCUGUGAUAGAGUUGUGGCUUUAUGAUAACCAGCUAACCCGCCUGGUGGCCCACACAUUCAGCAACCUUACCCAGCUGCACCUUUUGGUGCUGAGCCGGAACCAGAUCAGCUUUGUGUCCCCCGGGGCCUUCAGUGGGCUCGCCGAGCUGGGAGAAGUUUCUCUGCACACCAAUCUCCUAACCAGCCUGCAGGAGGGCACCUUCCAGGGGCUGCCCAAGCUGGUCAACAUCUCGUUGGAGCACAACCUCCUCCAUUCUCUCCCCGACAGGCUCCUCCAAGGCCAGUCCCUCCUCGGCCAGCUGGACCUCCACAACAACUCACUUCGUAAUCUGCCAUCAGAGCUCCUCAGCGCGCUUACAGGAACCAAGGAGGUGUUGCUGGCCGACAACCCCUGGAGGUGUGACCAGGACAUUGUGCCGCUGAGGGACUGGCUGACACUUCACCCCACCAAGACCAACCUUAGCAGUGUGGUGUGCCUCACGCCCACCACCCUCAACGGGGAAAGGAUAGCCGACCUGACGGACCACGACCUGAAGCUGUCCACCAUGACCGCCGUCCCUGAACUGGCUACCACUGAGAAAAGGAGGAAGCCCCACACCCCUCCUCCCAAGAGGACCACCCCUUCCCCUUCUGCGCAGGCCACACCCACCCAGGAACAGGGGGAGGACACCAGCAGUGGACAGGGGAAUGGCGAGGCCGUGUCCAGGAACACGAACAUCGUCAUCAUUGCGGUGGUCUGCACCGCUGUCAUCACCAGCCUCAUCAUCUUCUGUGUCUGCUGGAGGAAGAACAAGAGAGGCAGCCGCAACCUGAGCCGUAGGAACAAAAACAACUCGGUCAUCUAGACUCUAGACAUCUAGGUUUUUUCCCAAAUGUCUGUCUUUAGGCAGACUAGCUGUGACCUGACCCCUGGGGUAUUUUAGUCUGAUGGAACAAGAUGCUGCGCUUGGGAUCCCAUAAUAUUAUUGUCUUUAGCCCGUUGGCCCAGUCCCUCUUAAAGCUCUUUAGCAAUUUUGCUGUGGUCUGAGGUUUGAACAAUGUUUUGCACAAAGAACCAAAAAGUAUCUCACAAGCUGUAAUUACCGGGGAAUUGCACAGAUCAUGUACAGAGAAUGCCAUCCAUGUUUUUUCCUUUCAUUACUGGAAGAAAUGUCUUACUGAACAAAUCCAAUGUUCUACAUAUAUUCUGAUCAAAUGCCUUCUGACAAGCUCUUCUCCCCCUAUGAUUUUAUUUAAUGACUCAAAAUAGGCUAGUUAUAUUGUCCUUUUUACAUUGUGGCUAAUUGCAGUAUUCAGUAGAUGUUUUGGUAUCUCACUCCAAAUGGUUAUGCUCUACAGACACAGACAUAUCAAAUCAAAAUCAAAUUGACUGUCACAUGCAGACUAAACCGGCAGGGCGUGUUAUUUAGCGCAAGCCACUACAUAUAACUAAAUUCUGUCUGUCCCCACCAGACAUGCCAGACAGUUAGCCUAAAUCUAACUGUACAUUAACAGGACAGGUCGAUACAGAUAUGAAACAUUCACAGACAUUGAGGUAGCUUGCUAUUGUUAGCAAAUUUGACUUGGAGAUGAACAUUGCUGCUUUUUUGUUAAUAGUUUCCUUUGUACUGAAUCUUUGUAGAAUGUUGACUCAGUCAUACAUAAUCAUGUGUUUCUCAACCAAAUUGAUUAAUACACAGAUUUAACAGGAAACUAAUAUUGUUUAUAGUAAAUCAUUUUGAAUAAUCUCUCUUUGUUCAUCUUUCAGCAAAAUAUUAGGGUCAACCACAGUGGUCUUGCAGCACAUCGAAUUAAUGCACACACUCGCAGUUUUUUGCAAUACCUGCACACAAAAUAAGGCCGGUUUAGUUUGCAUGUUAUGUUAAAUAUGCUACAUAGUAUUGAUAUUCUGAAAUGCUCAAUUGACAUGUGUUCAUUGCUUAGUACCAUGUGAUAAAUUCUUAAACCCUUUCAA